AUGGAGAACGGUUCAACCUCCGAGGGAAAAGAUCCAUCCGCCUUCCUGAGCGAAAUUAUUGGUGCUCCGGUGAUCGUGAAACUCAACUCCGGCGUGGUCUACAAGGGAGAACUUCAGUCUGUGGAUGGCUACAUGAAUAUUGCACUUGAAAAGACCGAGGAGUUUGUAAACGGAAAGCUGCGGCGCAACUACGGCGAUGCCUUCGUACGAGGAAACAAUGUGCUUUACAUCUCCGCGAGUUAA